AUGUCAGACCCCAACUCUCCCCACAUCAAAUCGCGCGAUACUCCAUCUUGGGGCUUGUAUCAGCGGGAGAACUUUUGGAAGCUAAAUGAGGGCGAAGUUCCCCAAUUUAACACUCACCCCGACAAACUUGAGGACCUUGCCAAGCAGAAGUUGACUCAAAAUGGAUGGUACUAUGCAUCUUCGAACGCGGGCCUUUCACACACGCAUCUCGCCAACCGGCAGGCAUUCUUCCGGCACAAAAUCGUCCCUCGUCAAUUAGUCGACACCAAUAAGCGUUCAACCCGGACCACCAUCUUCGGUCACGAGGUUUCUGCCCCCUUCGGAAUUGCUCCGAUUGGCAUCAACAAGAUUUACCACCCGCAAGGCGAACUACCCGUGGCCAAAGUGGCCGGAGAGCUGGGCAUCCCUUACAGCCUCUCAACAGCCGGAUCGUGUGCGAUUGAGGACGUCGCUCAAGCCAAUGAUGCUGGGCGCGCUUCAGCCAUCGAAGCUCAGUCCGCAGACAAGUCCAAGAUCCCAGAGGGUCCGCGUUUCUUCCAGCUUUACAUGCCCCACGAUGACGAGCUUACCCUCUCCUUGUUGACGAGGGCUCAUGAGUCUGGCUUCACGGCAUGCAUUCUCACGACAGAUACAUGGCAGCUGGGAUGGCGACAUGACGACAUCGCAACGUCGAAUUAUGCGUUUUACCGCGGUAUCGGUGCUGACUUGGGCCUCACCGACCCCGUGUUCCGGAAACGCCUCGCGGCUAAAGGGAUCGAUCCCCAGGAAGAGCCGGAGAAGGCUGCCGCGAUGUGGAUCGACGGUAUCUGGCACGGCCGCGCGUGGUCCUGGGAUAAGGCCGUGUGGGCAAGGGAGCAAUGGCAGAAGAUCAGCGGUGGAAAGCCAUUCUUGAUCAAGGGCAUUCAAAGGGUGGACGAUGCGGAGAAGGCGGCGGAUCUAGGAUUCGAGGGUAUCGUAGUGAGCGACCACGCUGGAAGGCAGGUUGACGGGGCCAUUGCGAGUUUGGAUGCGCUGGAGAAGAUUGCGGAGAGGGUUGGAGACAGAAUUGUUGUCACGUUUGAUAGCGGUAUUAGGGGUGCGGCGGACAUGGUGAAGGCGCUCGCGCUCGGUGCCAAGUUUGUUUUCCUUGGGAGAUUGUGGAUUUGGGGAUUGAGCAUCAUGGGCGAGCAUGGGGUGAGGCAUGUCUUGAGGGGGCUGUUGGCAGAUUUGGAUAUCUUGAUGAAUGUGGCGGGGAUCCAAAAGGUGAAGGAUAUUGACAAGAGCUUGUUAGAGUCUUUGCCCAGGUCUUAUGGACUGACCUCGGAGAAGAGCAAAUUGUAA